CUUUAUACGGAUUUUGAAAGUCCUAACUUAACCAGCACCACAGGCAAAAAAGAAAAAGAAAAAAACCGUGAACAGAAGGGAAGAAACCACGGCCGACUAUGCUUUGCCAUUCGGAAAGGCUAACCGGAUGACACUGCACACUGCUACUGCACAACAGUGAAUUGGGCCAUCCAUUUCCAUGAAAAUGAGUAUCUGGAUAUUGAAAAUUAUUGUGCUGGUUGCUAUAUCUCUAAGCUUGGUAGAGAUGUAUGACAAUUAUGGAGAAAUUUGUUUAAAUCUAUGUAUGUGUGAGGAGAAGGAUGCAAUACUAACUGUGAGCUGUGAGAACAGAGGCAUUGUUAGACUAUCAGAAGUUAGUCCUGUCCAUUUUUCAACAUAUCAUCUUUUACUGACAGGGAAUCUAUUGAAAAAACUCUCUCUGGAUGAUUUUGUUAAUUACACUGGGGUUACAAUUUUGAAUUUAGGCAACAAUGACAUCUCUGAAGUCGAACCAGGAUCAUUUAAUGGACUUCAAGGACUAAGAAGACUACAUCUGAACAACAACAAAAUAGAUGCCCUGAGGGAUGAUACUUUUGUUGGCCUUGAAAGUCUGGAAUACCUACAAAUUGAUUACAAUUAUAUAACUAACAUAGAACCUCAUGCCUUUGGCAAGCUCCAUCAUCUGGAGGUACUGAUUUUGAAUGACAACCUGUUGUCUGCUCUGCCAAACAACAUUUUCAGAUAUGUCCCCUUAACUCACCUCGACCUGAGGGGAAACCGUUUGAAAAUGUUCCCUUACAUUGGUCUUUUGGAACACAUGGACAAAGUGGUGGAAUUACAACUUGAGGAGAAUCCGUGGAAUUGUUCUUGUGAGCUCAUUGCCCUGAAGGCUUGGCUGGAGAGCAUCUUGUACACAGCUUUAGUCGGGGAGGUGGUUUGUGAAACACCUUUCCGACUGCAUGGGAGAGAUUUAGAUGAGGUUUCCAAACAGGAACUGUGUCCCAGAAGAGCCAUUUCUGAGUAUGAAAUGCGACCACAGCCACCACUGAGCACAGUGGGCUAUUUCCAAACCACUUCAGUUGCCGUGACAGCCUCUGCCACCUCAUCUGCAGUUUUACGAUCCUCGUCAAGGCCGACAAAGGGCACGCGACCUAACAGACCCAGGUCCAAACCAACCUCCCGGAUCCCGUCCAACCCAUACAACUACGGUCCAAUAAUUGCAUAUCAGACAAAAUCUCCUGUGCCUUUGGACUGUCCCACUGCCUGUACUUGCAAUUUACAAAUCUCUGACCUUGGACUGAAUGUUAACUGUCAGGAGAGAAAGAUUGUGAACAUCUCUGAUUUAAAGCCAAAACCGUAUAAUCCUAAAAAGAUGUACCUUACAGGGAAUUACAUUCCUGUGGUACAAAGAUCUGAUUUUGUUGAGGCCAUUGGAUUGGAUUUACUUCACCUUGGCAACAAUCGCAUCUCUCUCAUACAUGACCGAGCCUUUGGGGAUUUAACUAACUUGCGGAGACUCUACUUGAAUGGCAAUUUAAUUGAGCGCCUCACAGUAGAUAUGUUUUAUGGACUGCAGAAUCUGCAAUACUUGUAUUUAGAAUACAACGUGAUCAGAGAAAUUGUGUCGGGAACUUUUCAUUAUGUGCCCAAUCUUCAGCUUCUUUUUCUCAAUAACAACCUACUAAAAACCUUACCCGGGGGCAUAUUCACGGGUGUGAGUUUAACCCGGCUUAAUCUUCGCAGUAACCAUUUCCACGAUCUUCCCGUGAGUGGUGUUUUGGAUCAGCUGAAGUCACUGGUGCAGAUAGACCUACAUGAAAACCCGUGGGAUUGCUCCUGCGAUGUUGUGGGGAUGAAGGACUGGCUGGAGCAGCUCAACACUGGUACCGUGGUGAAUGACGUCAUAUGUGGGUCUCCAAAGAGGCUGUCAGGGGAGGAUAUGCGAUCCAUUAAAUCAGAUCUCCUUUGUCCUGAUUAUUCGGAUGUAAUGAUUUCAACGCUUUCUCCGUCUGAAGAACCUUUCCCAGGCAGUUCCACGACCAUUGAAACUCCCCUGAAAUACAACACGCCCACCAGCACUGUUCCCUUAUCAGUCCUUAUUCUGAGCCUCCUCCUGGUGUUCAUAAUGUCUGUUUUUGUGGCUGCAGGGCUCUUUGUGCUUGUAAUGAAAAGACGCAAAAAGGCCCAGAAUGACCGCACUAGUGGCAAUAACUCUGAUGUGAGCUCGUUCAACCUGCAGUAUGGUCUCUACAGUAACAGAGCCAUCCCUAAAGUCAAAUCGCCUGCUGGGCAUGUGUAUGAGUACAUCCCACAUCCACUGGGCCACAUGUGCAAAAAUCCAAUUUACAGAUCUAGAGAAGGCAAUGCAGUUGAGGAUUACAGAGACCUGCAUGAAUUAAAAGUGACAUACAGAAGUAAUGUGGAUGAAGAAAGGGACAAUUGCUUAAGAAACCAGUCUUACAGUGUUAGUACCAUAGAGCCAUGUGAAGUUCCCACCCCAGUGCAAACCACAGAGCAUUUCUACAGAGGUGUCCUUGAACCAGACAAGCAGCCAGCUUCUGGAAACAAUUAUGAGUACAAGUAUAAUGCCCCCCCUUCCUAUACUUAUACACCUAGCUAUGAUGUCAGGCGCCAGUAUUUGCACCCAGACAGGAUACAGGAGACUGUGUUGUAUGGUACUGUGCCAAGCACUAUUUAUGUUGAACCCAACAGAAAUGAAUACUUAGAACUGAAAGCUAAACUUCAAGCUGAGCCGGACUACCUCGAAGUUCUUGAGAAACAGACAACAUUCAGCCAAUUUUGAACCACACAUCUGUCUAUAUAAAUAUAUAUUUUUUCCAUUACAAAUACAGUUCCAAGUUGGAGGAUGCCUUGGCACAGAAUAACGUUCCUCAAGAUAAGUCAAUGGGGUGUGCUAUAUUAUACUUAUUUUAAAAUCAUCACAAUUCAAUGCCUUUCGAAGUGAAUAAAGGAUGAAUGAACAUAAGGGUUGUGAUCCAUAACUGUUGAUGCAAAUAUGAUGUUUAUGUUUAAGAUGAAAUACACACCAAUACACAUGCACAUGUAAUUUUACCAUGGUCUUUUAUGGAAUAUAAUUAUACAUAUAUUGUGAAUCACAAAUGUUUAUUUGACAUCUUCUUGUUACAACAAUGUUUGAGAGUGCAUCUUAAUGGACAUCUUACUUUUUUUAUUCUUUUGUUGCUUUGGUCUGUAUGUAUCUAUUUAUUGGUAUGCUUUCUUGCCAUGUGCUUUGAAUCUUCAUUGAUCAUAAUCCUCGAUAAAGCUCAUGUUUCAUAAUUCUCUAUAAAGCUUAUGUUUGUAGAUUCAGAUGAUUUAUGUAGCUUGCAUAGUCGAAGUGGUUUCUUUUUUAAAGUUGGCACACCCCAGUCAGAAAGACUUUUGACCAUUAGAAAAUAUGUUUCUGUAUACCUUCUGCACUUUUUGGAAAUGGUUGGCCCGCAGGCCUUCACUGUCUCUCAGAAAAAAAAGAGAAAAUGAUUAUUUGGGGAAUAUUAUAUAUUAAAAAUGAAUUUGUGUAUUCAUUCUUAAUAUGUAUUUUUAAUAUGUAUUUAAAAUUCAUAAAUAACAAAAGUAAUAAUUGUGUUGUGUAAUACUGAUAUUUUAACAUAACGCCUAUUUUUAUACAGGUAUUCACAGUUCUGUUUCCUUUAUUUUUAUGGUUUUCACUCGUUUGAUUGCUUUGCACAUAUUGCACUAUAUUGACCAAAACGUUAAUGCCAACAAUAAAUAUGAUGUCAGGUUCAUAUAUGUACAUAUUCAAAUACAACCAUUUCCCAGAGGCAGCUACUGUAUUACUAGGGGCACAGAAUAAACAGGAAUUUAAGAGGUUUAAUUGACAAAUUCCUGAAUGCCUGUUCACAGAUAUUUGUUCUCAUCAUUUUCUUUUAUCAAUCAGCUGUGCUGUGAUGCCAUAACUGAUUGUUUUUAAACACAAAAAAUGAAGGAAAUAUGUUUUUAUAUGUUUUAGCAACAGAUGUCAAACAUGAUUUAUCUUGCCAAUGAAAAUGAACAAAUUUAGUAAUAGUUUGUAAUAGCAGGCAUAAAAAUGACAUUUAUAACUAGAUUACUAACUCUUUUUUUCCAAAUGAAUAAUUGUAUGCAAUUAAACAAUGUAAUUUACAAAUA